AUGUCCUCCCAGGUCAGAGUGAGGCUGCUGCCAAAAGCCAGGUGCAUGUUCGAUGAGCCCGUUCAGGUGAAGGUGUCGGGGCUGAGGUCGAGACAGGUGGUCACCAUGAGAGUCAGAUCGACUGACGAGAAGGGAGAGCUGUUCAGCUCCUCGGCCACCUACAAGGCUGAUGGGAGCGGGGAGAUCGACCUGGAGAGAGACCCCUCACUCAGUGGGAGCUACACUGGAGUUGAACCCAUGGGUCUGCUGUGGUCCAUGACGCCAGACACUGUGCACAAAAGGUUUCACAAAACAAAAUCACGAAACCCUCACAUGGUGAAGUUCUCUGUGCACGAGGAGGAGGGGGACGGCAGGAUGCUGGCAGAGGCGACCAAUGAGAGGCUUCUGAUAGCAGACGGGGUCACGCGGCGCCCUGUCAAAGAGGGGAAUAUUCGUGGAGUCCUGUUCACUCCCCCAGGGAAAGGUCCGUUCCCUGCCAUGUUGGAUCUGUACACUUUGGGUGGAGGUUUAUCAGAGAAAAGGGCGUCUCUGCUGGCCAGCCGUGGAUUUGUGACUUUGACUGUAGCGCUGUAUGGUCAUGAGGACAUGCCGUGGAACAUCAGUGAGAUCCACCUGGAUAAUUUUGAAGAAGCGAUAGAGUUUUUAAAAAAACAAGAUAAGGUGGGGAGCAUAGGAGUUGGUAUAAUCUCCCUUUCCAAAAGUGGAGACCUUGCUCUGUCAAUAGCCUCUUACCUGCAGGAUGUCGAGGUCACAGUGUGGAUUAAUGGCUGCUGUGCAAACACAGUUUUUCCCCUGCUCUAUAAGAAGAGACAGAUCCUCCCUGGGUUAACGUGUGACCUCAGUAAGGCCAUUCCCACUGAGUCGGGGGCCUUUAUUGGCAAGUACUCUAUGCCUAAUCUGCUGGCAGAGGAGAACAAGGCCACCCUGAUCCCCACUGAACAAGCCACUGGACGAUUCCUUUUUGUGGCUUCAGAGGACGACCAAAACUGGGACAGCAAGGCUUACAUGGACAUACUGGUGGAGAGACUGCAGCGUCAUGGGAAGGACAACUUUGAGAGCGUGUCUUACCCUAAAACGGGGCAUUACCUAGAGCCGCCUUAUGGACCCUACUGCCCCUCCAGCUCUCAUGCAUUGGGGAGCAAACCAGUUCUUUGGGGGGGUGAGCCGAAGACCCACGCAGCAGCUGAAGUCCACGCGUGGAAGAAGAUCCUGGACUUUUUCAGAACUCACCUGAGCUGUGAUGCAACACAGACUAAAGACAAGUUAUAGAUAGAAAUAUCAUGAUAUGGAAGGCAUCAGAUCAGAUCAAAUCUGCAGAUCACCAGUUAGGUAACUGACAAUAAUUGUACAGCAAUGUUUUGUGAUGAGGCAAACAAUUUGCUGUUUGAUUUCAUGAUCAAAAAUGAUAUCUAAUGUGAAACACUACAGGAAAACUUUUUUUCACAAACUAAUCAAUUUUUGGGAUGUGUUCUUUCAGACUAGUGAAAAGAAUAUAUCCAAAGUGAACAUUAGGAGUUUAACAAUAUAUCAAUCUCUAGUCAAGUCUAGUCAAGGGAGAUAGAGAGACGGUUGAGAGGGAGACAGAGAGGAGCAGGAGUUCAAAGUGUGAGUACUCUGGGAAUACAUACGUUAAUACAAAGGACAAGAUGUCACUAUCCGCUGUGCCAUAAUCCUAGAGAGUGGCACCACUCACUUCCCCCUCCUAUCGUUUCUACUUUUUACUUAUCUAUGAUUGGAUUGAUUCUUUUUUAGAAUAAAUUAAUCAAAUAUACUGUAAUAAACUUUGAUAUAUGUUCCUAAAUUGACUGAUUUACCUCAUUAUAGCAAUAACUUCACAGAUACUUCCAGUCUAAAUCAAUAAAUUGUCAUUGUCUU